UUUAUUAAAAGAAAUCCAAGAAUCGAACUGAUAUUUUUUGUAAUUAUAAUUUUAUAAAAACGUUUAUUUUCUCAUUUAUAAGAAUUCGUAAAAGUAAGAUAUACGUAAUGGUAAAUGGUUUGCUAUGUCCAACGCUUCCUCGGAAUCGAAUGUGUACCAAGCUUACUCCGAAAGGACCCUAGCGAUCAUCAAACCUGAGGCGUACGAAGAUGCGGAGGCGAUCGAAAACUUGAUAAUACAAAAUGGCUUCGCUAUUUUGGCAAAGCGCAUUGUGAAGCUGACUCCAGAGCAGGCAGCCGAACUGUACCGGGGACACUACGGGAGGCACCACUUCCCACACCUGGUCGCGCACAUGUCCAGCGGUAACAUCGUCGCGCUGGUGAUCGCGUGCGCCAACGCCAUCCAGAAGUGGCGCACGCUCAUGGGCCCUGCCAGUGUGGUGGAAGCUCAGGCGUAUUGGCCGGAGAGCGUGCGCGCGUGCUACGGUCGCCGCACCAAGUUUGGGGACUACUUCAACGGCGUCCACGGCAGUCAGAACCACGCUGAAGCCCUUAGGGAAAUACAUUUCUUCUUCCCUCAGAUGAUAGUCGGCCCAAUCCUCCGCGCGUGGCAAGUCAACGAUUACAUACAGAAACACAUCACGCCCACGCUCCUGCCCGCGUUGACAACCCUAGCGCACGAGCGGCCAGACGAGCCGAUCAUAUGGUUAGCUGAAAAAUUGAAAAUGCAAAACCCUAAUGAACCGGAAUUCGGUCCGCAAUACGUGGAACAAAGAGAGGAUGAGAGAUGCCACACUCCCGUGCCGUCGGAAGAGUCGAACCCUCAAAUAAAAUAAUAUGGUUUAUUAAAUUGAAUAAAAAAUGGAUAAACCAAAUGUUUCUUUUGAGGU